CAUAAAGUAUUUCCCAUAAUUCCUCUUUCUUCAUACAAAAUGGAGGACCUUGUGGUCGAGGUCUGCGGCGCUAACGGGGCAUAUUACAAGGCCUAUGUGAAGAACAUACAUGAAGAAACAAUAACUGUACAAUUUGAAAAUGACUGGCAGCCAGAACAAGAGAUCAAGUUCAGCUGUGCGAGGUUGCCUCCGAAGGUGGUGGUGAAAAGGACUGACUAUGUGGAAGGUGAAAUGGUGGAGGUGUUUUCGAGGGCCAAUGAAGCAGAGGAGUUUGGGUGGUGGCAAGCACUUGUGAAAAUGCUCAAAGGAGAGUUUGCGGUGAUGGAGUUCACAGGGUGGGACACGUCAUCGUACACAGAUAUAGUCCCUCUGGAGAGGAUCAGAAGCAUCAAUCCUAAUAAACCUUUAACGAAAACUAGCUUUAACAAGUACGUCAUCGAUGUUCCUGUGGAUUUACGGGAAAUUUGUAAAGAUGAAAAUGCCCACACUGAAUUCAAGAAGCACUGUAAUGCUGUGUCUGUGGCAUACAAUGAAACAGAUGGUACACUUGUUGUGUUGUCCACAAGUGACUCGGUCAUCAAGAGGGCUACCAUGUUAGGAGAUAUGCACCUGAGGAACCUUAGACAGAAGUUAUUACUGAAACAGAGGACGGAGGAGGCUGUGAAAAGGUUACAGAACACUAAGAUCCGGUCUGGGUACAUGGAGGAGUUCACUGUACGGGAGGACCUAAUGGGACUGGCGAUAGGGUCACAUGGUGCCAACAUUCAGCUGGCUCGCCGCGUUGAUGGAAUCACGGCAAUCGAACUCGAUGAGAGCACUUGUACAUUCAAAGUCCAUGGAGAGUCACAAGAGUCUGUCAAAAAAGCGAGAAUUAUGCUAGAGUAUGCAGAGGAGACAUUUCAAGUUCCUAGAGAGCUAGUUGCCAAAGUCAUAGGAAAGAACGGUAAAAACAUCCAAGAUAUUGUGGACAAGUCAGGAGUUGUGAGGGUUAAAAUUGAGGGUGACAAUGAAAGUGAAACUCUUCGAGAGGAGUAUGACGAUUGGAGCUCUCAGGUCCCCCUGACUGGUCAAGUGCCUUUUGUUUUCGUUGGAACAACCGAAAGUAUUGAGAAUGCUAAAAUUCUUUUAGAGUAUCACUUAGAUCAUUUAAAGGAAGUAGAACAAUUACGUAAGGAAAAGUUAGAAAUAGACCAACAAUUAAAAAGUUUAUCAGGCACACAGCCUGGGCCCUACUUUCCUCCUCCACGAGACCGAAGAGACAGUAAUGACCCAUACUCAGAUGAGCGGGGUAGGCGGAGAAUGUCAGGAGGUCGAGGUGGUAGGGGACGUGGUACUGGGCGGCGCUGGGCUAAUGAGAGGCGGAGCAUGAUAUCAGGAGAUGAGAGUGGUCAGAACGUGACCGACUGGUCAGCAGAAGUGGCGGCAGAGGAGCAGAAGCAUACUGGGUACCUUACCGACAGUGUUUUGAGUGGACGAGGACGGGGUGGUCGUGGUGGGCGUGGCCGGGGGCGUGGUUAUGGUGGCUAUCCCUCCUACAGGACAGUGGCUUAUGACUCAGAAGAUCCUAGGGAUCAAAGGUCACGUCGGCGUAUGACAGACGAUGAUGACACUGUCCUUGACAAUGCCAGUGUAAACAGCCAGGAUCAAGGUAUACAUGAUGAGCGGCGACCAGAAAGGAGGAGACGCAGAAGAAGGAACAAGUUCCGUGGUAGCAGUAGUGCAGCAUCUGGUACAGAAACGGACAAUAGUGUAUCUAAUUAUCGCCCUGGGGGUGGUGGACCCAGUGGUCCCCGCCCUGGGGGCAAUAAUGGCAUUAAGACUGAGAACUCUAACAUGCCUAAUCAGGUCCCCCGCCCUAAAGGUGAAUCUGUCGCUCCCCAGACAUCAGCCGCGCCUCCUCGACAGGCACAGUCGCCCUCACGUCAGUCACCCGGCCCUGGUAAGUCGUACCCCCAGUCUGGCAGCAAACCCAGCACACCCAGCAGCCAAGGUACAGCUUCCCAGGGGCCACCAAACAAGGGUCCCAACCCAAAGGAGCAGAGGGAGCCCAGGAAGAAUGGAGGAGGGCCGAACCAGAGGUUUCCCCCUACGGCGAGAAAUGGCAAUCUACAAAGUGGAAGUGAGACAGAAUCAAAAGCCAAGGGAAGCUUUCCAAAUGGCAACAACAGCAACAAACCAGCUGAGCACAUGGUGAAUGGUGAGUAGGCGUGGCCCAAAUGGGCGUCUCCAGCAGUGGGUGUGGUCACAUGCCCAAGGACACGCCCCCCCAUCUCCGACAAACUGCUGUCUGUUUGCCUCUGCUUCACACCCGUAGUCACGGCCUCCCUACUUAGUGUUGACGGAUCAGGCAUGUUACACCGGACGAGUCUUUAUCACCGGAUUGGAAAUCAAUAAGAAAAUAUAAAGAGGACUGAGUAACAUCAUAACUACUUGCAUUCAAAAUGUGUGUGUGUGUCAGAUCCGAUACACAAAUUGAUCGGCAGAUUUAGUUUUUUCUUUAUAUCGGAUGUGGACAUUAUAUGACAUGAGAUAGAAGGAUUUCAUGAAUACUCUAUUCAUACAAUGCUUGAAGCCAUGAAUUCUUUGACUAUUACUGUGUACCUACAUUGUAUAUGUAUAUUUAUGAUAAAGGUCAUAUACCGACUGUACUGUGUAGUGGUUGUGUAAAAACGGUGGGUCAAUCUCAGAUCUGUAAGCAGAAGGAAAUAGAACUGACUUGCACACUUAUCUCCCCUUCACAGAAUAGAGCUCCUAGUACAGGGGUAGUAUGGAUUUCAAAUAUGUAGGAAAGGAUUGAGCACUAGAGUGAUACAGAAGGUCUUGGACUGAGUACAGGUGUUACUAGAGUGUCCUUGAGACCAUUGAGAGGUAAGGUAGGGUUUAGGACACCAGCUAUCUCCUCAAACCAUUGUGUGAUGAGUUAGGGCUUAGGACACUAGCUAUCUCCUCAAACCAUUGUGUGAUGAGUUAGGGUUUUAGGACUCCUUUAAUAAGGACAUCAGUCUCAAAAAUAUUACCUGAAGGAAAUUAUUUCUUUCAACAAAAUUUAUGACAUUGAAGAAUUUUUUGUUUGAAUUGAAAAGAUAGAAAAGAGUAUAAAAUAUAAAAGCAAGUUUUUAAAGUUAUUGGAAGUAAGUUAACUCAUUGAUGAAGGUUUGUCUGUAAUGUUAGAUCUAGAUCAGGGUGUUGUAGAUGAGAGAAAAGCCAAUGAAAAUGUAUGUGUAGUGAUAGUAGAGCAAUCUUAGCUACCAGUCACCGGGAAUUCUUCAUCGAAAGAAUUUGCUGAGAAGGAAGCCGAUUGAUGUUUUAUUGUACCUUGUUACAACAGUGUCUGUAAAGUUUGACCUGGAGACUUGGGUCUGUGUUUGGUUUGUUAGAGAACAAUGCUAUGACACUGAGAAGCAUGGGCCAAAUGAUAUACACUCAGUAUCGAGUACGACCUGUAAUCACAGUGUUGCUGGCCAAAGAGGUACAGAAAGGACUAUCCAUGUUUACGUACAAGUGAACUACAUUUGGAUGGUGUAAGCAAGACUAUGUUUAGGUAAAGAGAUCUAGGUACCCAACCGUGACCCCAUGUUAUGGCGGUCAAUCCAACUUAACCCACUUAUGCAUUGUGGUUAGUUGGAGUUCAAACACACCACUAUACAAUGUUUAUAAAGAAACUAUCAAACCCAUCAGACCUUUCAAUGCUGCUACAAGUCUGAGAGCAAAUGUCAGACCGCCGUCCUUCUCUCAUGAUUAUCAUGUAACAUAAAUUCUGGUUCAUAUUUAAUUCCUACAUUAUUUUCAUCAAAAAUAUUUGUGAUGAUUAACAAAAAAACGAGUAAUUUUAGUAAAGUAAAGCAGUUGCUCUUACUAACCCAUAGCUUAUUAACAAGUAUGAUGGAUUGCCAAGUACUAACAUAUGCUCUUAGGGUCACAUAUAUAUCAUUAACUGAUUUAUAAUGUCUUAUGUGUUUUAAAAAUAUUUACUUGUGGAUUUUACAAGACUGUGUUAGAUUAGAAUAAUUUCAUUACAUAUCAUUGUCAUAGUUUGCAAUUUCCCAGUUGUAUCAUAACAGUACAGUGUGUCAUAGAAAGACGUGUUAUAAGAUACACCAGUUUUGUUGCUUGUACUGCUCUGACAUUUGCUCUGAGACGGUGUAGAGUUUUAACACCUGUUGACGACUAUACAGGUAAAUAUCCUGUACCUGUAUAUUGUGUGAGACACGGACUCCAGCGUGCAGUUGUACACAGGAGGUUUGUUUUAAAGUGUUCAUUUUAUUUAUUAUUGAAUUUAAAUUCAAUUUUGUGAUUAUUUCCAUAUUAAGACAUAUUUUACUGUUGAAUUUUUUUUUCAUUGUUUUAAUUAUAGUUUAAAACAACUGUCAUAUAUAACUUUGUGUAUGAGCGUGAAGAUAAAAUUUGCCAAUAUGUCCUUACAGUUCCAGAUGAAUGUUAAACAAACUAUCUUCUGUGUACUGGUGUUGUGGGACAUUGUUUCAAUGUGUUACCCAGUCCCCACAACCCCAAACAAUGUAUGACAGGUACAGGCUUACACUUGUGUUGUGUUUCAAGCCCGUCCUAUGCCUGUACACCUGAGAUUCUGUAGUGAACAGAAGGGUAGAUACUGCUUCAGUCACUCACCCUGGUUCUGCCCACAUUUAUUGUUACACUUCAUGGCCGACACAAAAUCACUUUCCCUACAGUCGUCUAAUGUAUUAAGAUGUAACUGUUUGGUUGGUGUAUCACUUGCUGAAGUGACAUAUGGCAAUCUUAUUUUAUCAUCUGUAAGCUUAGGGGUACAGAUUUCCACACAAUUUGAAAGAAUUACAUGAUUUAUAUGAAACUUGCUUGGUGUUUAAUUAUAAGUCCAUUGCCCUAAUCUGAUACUCAGUAGAACUCGUGCAUUGAUAAUGAGGCUGCAAAUCUGAUUUGCUGAUGGAUUCCAGAUAACAUCUUUUAAAAGAAUUGUCAAAUGUUUAUGAAUAUUGCCUGGCAAACUUUCUAUUUAGGUCUCCCUUUCUGUUUCUGGAAAUCUUUUAUAUCUGUUUCUUAAGAGAUUACAUGGUAAAUUUGAUUGCCAUCAUUCCACCUAGCCUUGCACAGGUACACAUCUGCUUCUGUGAAUUCAUGUGUAGGUAAUACAAUGCUGAAGUAAUCUAUGAAAAAGAACAUCAACAUAGAACUUGUUAGCUCGGACAUAAUCUGUAAAGCAUGCUUGUCAUUAUUUAGGUUGGUCAUAUAUUUAAAAGUUUAUUUGUACUAAGUAAAUUUUCCAAUUUGUCAACACACAAAUCUUUGAGAAUGCAUACAUAAUGAUCUACUUGUUGCCAUUAUUAUAGUUAUAAAGUUUGUAAUUGGAUUUUAAGUAUCCUUUUUGUACUGUUAGACUAUGUACUAUAAUCAUAUUAAUAACACGAGUGAUUGUGGUAAUAAUGGCGUUUUACUGAUCAUUCUCAUCAGGAUCUUUUGUUGUUGACAUGUUGACGAAAUUGUCUAGUCUGACGAGAUCCAACUUUUUCACAAAUCAAUUUGCAUUUCAUGUUUUGUGCAGUUUUUAUGACAACUUGUAAAUGUUGGCAGUGUCAGGACUGGGUUAGGCUUGGUAGUAUUAACUACAUUAGUAUAUACAUUCUGAAUUUUCAAUUGUGAUUUUUUUUUGGCUUGUUCCAAUUAUCAUUAAUUAUUUAUGUCAUGAAAUUUUAUUAUAAAAACAUGAACUCCUUGUAUUAAUAGACAACACAGUGAGUCAGUGUGGAUGAAAUACAUUAUUGUCUGAAAUAUGGUUAUGAUUAAAUCUAGGUUUAUUUCUUUGUGUGUAUUUUUGAGUUAUCUUUCCCUUAUUUAGUUUCUGCUUUGUGUGGCUGGCAGCUAUUUCGCCUAGAUGUAUUGUACAGAUGGAGACAAUGUCCCUAAUGUCAUGAUAAGAUAUGUAUUGUAUGUGUUUCCAUUAAAGUCACAUUUUCAAAUUUACCUUCCAAAUAUAGGAAGUCUUUAAUGUAUUCCUGAUAUCUUAUGAAUUAUUUUGAUGAAUAGAUCUGAAUUCUAAAUGCCAUGGACAAGUAUUAAUGAAAAAGUCUCCAAUCAAAAUCGAUAUGUAUGUAAGCUUAAAAGUGAAGUGUUGCGGGACAAGGUAAAUGGAAAAGUUCACAAAAAGAGCCUGUUUGAUUUGGUAACUACUCAAUAAAACAUUUUAACUCAUUCACCCCUGAAAACAAAUUUGCACUCUUCCAAUUCAAAGGUUGGAAUAGUUCAUUAUGAAAUUUCAGGGGUGAAUGAGUUAAUAAAGCAAAGCCACUGCCUAGCCAGUCGGCCUUUAAUGUGCUUAGUUAGCCCAAUCAAGCAGGCCUUAGCCUCUUGUGGCUAGGUCACUCUCUAUUUACAUAUAAAUGUUGUGAGAGUAAAAAUAGCUACACAGCUAUCCCCACCAUACAGAUUAUUUUCCUCAAAUUUUAUGAGAGAUAUCCAUAAGAUGAGAGGUAGCCAUUUUGAUGAGAUUAGAAGUGUGCUUUUUAGCUUUAAGAGACAUACUAUAAAUUGUUAAAAAACAAUGCAAUCAUUAAAAUUUAUUUUUUAGCUCAUUUUAGAAUAGAAAUUAUUUACUCUACAUUCAAAUUUGAAAUUAUGAAAUGACUUUGUGGAACAAAAGUAAGUCGUGUGUGAUAGAGCUUCCAGUCAGGUUUAUAUUCAUAAUUUUCAUUUAAAUAAUCUCAACUGUUCAAAAUUUGUGACCAGAUGGGCAUUGUUAUGAUUUAAAUUACACCCAAACAAGAAUAAGCAUGCAAUGAAUAGACAUUCACAUUAGACAGACACUUCAAUGCUAUUGUCUGGAUCUAAUAUUUGCAACAUAGCUCAUUGUCAGUCAAAAUUUGACACAAUUUGAAUUUAAUUGGUAAAUGGACAACUUUUGUAGCAAGUUGCCUAGCUAGACUAACUUGACUGAUCUUGGGUAAUGAUGUUAAUAAAAAUGUGUAUACACAUAUUCUAUAGAAAAUAAUAAUUCACACCUGAUACACUUAUUAUGACCUGAACUUAGUAGGCCAAACCAUCCGAGUUGAAGGGUAUUUAGAUAAUCCCUGACCACGGACACCAUGUCUGUCCCACGUUCCUUCCCGAGUCUUUACAGAUGUACUUGUGAAUCGGGGGGAAGUCUAUGAUAUUAACCUGUGUAAAAAUGGAUGUAUCAUUACAGGAAUAUGUUUCGCAAACAAUUCUUAUAUUUAUACUUCUAGGGUCAAGGUCAUACCAAGGGGUCAAAUCUUGUUGAGGCUUGUCUAGGCCACAUUAUUUCUGGACAGUUUAACCCUUUCACAACUUUGUAACUUUAGUAGACUCUUCAAUGCAUUGAUCUGGAUGAGUCCAUUUUUGUCUACAGUGGUGAAUGGGUUAAUCAUUUUUUAUGAAACUUCACAGACAGAUGAUGCAGUCACAAAGCAAACAUAGAAUAACUGUAAGGUUGUUAAAUAUUUGUAAUUCUUUGAAUGGUUGAAUAUUUCUGACUAACUUCUUGUUAGGUUGUAUCAUUUGUAUCAUUUCAGUACUUGGUGUGAUUGUUUCAUGUUUUGUCUGUUAAGGUAUUAACCCACUUUCAAUAAUAUAUAAGAGCAUAAAACAAUUUUUUAAAUGACAGUUAUUUGUUAUUUGAAGUGUAAGGAUUUUUUUCGGUUAAUUUCCCAUGCCUCCGAAAAGUUGUCAUGCAAACUUCAGGAAACAGAAAUUACUUUUCCCUUAGCGGCGUCAUAAUAAAAGCUCUACAGAGCUGAUGUUUGUUGUUGACAAUUGUACACAACGUUAAAAUAAAAUAAUAAGAUUUUAAUUUUUUUAUUAUUAUAUUAUUAAAUAAUAAGAAACUAGUUAUUACCCUUCAUGUUGGAAGUUUAACUGGAUUCUGUGUCUGUGGUACAUAUGAACAUGUCGAGGAGGUAAAAUAGUUCAGGCUUGUUUCACUUGUGUGAUGCACUUUGCUUAUAAUUCACAUAGAACUUUGUCUGCAUAUGUCUUCAUGCUAAUUACCUGUAGUCCUCAUGAUUACCCAUCUUGGCUAUUAUUUCUGCUUUUUUAUCUGGUGCAUAAUUUUUAUGUUUGUCCAUUCAUCCAUCUGUCAUAUCCUUCUUGCUCCUUCAAUCGCUGAGCUUUUAACAUGUCUCAAGAUUUUGAGGAAUCACCUAACUAUUACAAGUUGAGGUGUCAGUAUAAGAGUGGAAUGUAUACAUUGGAAGUGUACAUAAAAAGGUUGGAGGCAGUGUUUUGUUUAUAGUGUUCUAAUUAUUUUACAACUGUUUAAUUUUACUCCACACAUAACAGGACAUUGAUAAGGAAGCAGUGGCUAUGUAAGUAGUCAGUAUGAAUUCUAAGAUUAUUGUUGACAUUGACUUUCGUUACAAGAUUUUUUUUGGAACAUUGUAGAGUCCAUUUAAGCAAUGGGAGACAAAUAAAUUUAUCAAAUAAGUGGUCAUUGGGAAAACCAUUCACAGAAUAUGGAAGUAAGCUAUUUAUUAAGGAUAAUACUGAAGUUUGUGUAAUUGAAAGUUUGGUUUUAUUGGAUUGGGGGUAACAUGUAGUUUGAUUUUAGACGAACGGCUUUCUAUUGAAGAUAGAACUAUACAACCAUUUCAUCUGCAAAACAUAAUUAUGUGCCUAAUAGUUACGUUUUUUACGAAUAUGGUAAUAUGUCAAUCAAAACAAAAAUAUGAAUUGCGUCAAGUAUGGAACCUAGAUUCUCUUGUUCCUUUACCAUAUAUUGUAUCUGAUGAUUUUUUCACAAGUCACUUCAUCAGCAAUAGCUUAGUUUUGUGAAUUACUGAGUGAGUAAAAUCAUACUCCGUGUGUGUGUGAACAUAAUCAUAAUCAUUUUGGUAACACAAAUAACAUUUAUUAAUUGUAUUUUAUAUGUGAAACUGGUGAAAUAUAAACCCUGAUAAAUGGUCUGCAACAAAGAAGACAGAAACUGGACAAAAUUGUAAGGAAUAAACGGCAUAUGUUGUCCUAUAUUGCUGAUUUCCUGGCCAGAUUUGGAAGCUGUAAGCAAACAUGACAAUCUCUAUAUUUACUAGUGAAUGAUACUGAAACCUGUGUGAUACAGUCAAUGGUUUAAUUAUUUACAUGAGACUGACACAGGAGCCUGUGUAUUUGGUUACAGAUUAGGGAUAGGAUAUUACUUGUAAGUAAUACAAGGGUGUGUGCAGUAAGAUAAGGUGUAACAGACUUCUACUUGAUGUGGUCUAGGCAUAUAGAGGGGCAUUGUGAAUUACCCUUUUUGUCUGUGUUUUAAAGACUAGGUCUUGUUCCCAGUUUCAUGAAUGUUCCUUAAUAUAAGGAAAUAACCAAAACUUUUCCACAAGAAGCAUUAUUAAAAUUGAUGAAAGUUUUUUUAUCUUACAAUUUUCCUCAGCUCCAAUAAUGCUUUCCUAUGGAAAGCCUAAGUUAAGGAAUUUCCUAUCUAAUUUUUAAAGACUAUGUCCUUACUCUAGUUUCACCAACGUUCCUUAACUUAAGAAAAUUCCUUAAAUCCGAUAUUACUUUCCUAUGUGAAACCUUAAUAUCAGGAACUUGUUAUGCUAAGGAACGUGCCAAGCUAUUACUGGUUAAGGUACUCCUGUAGUGGCUGAUCUGAUAUUUUACACAAUCACAACCAAUAGCUGUGAGACUUUUAUACUGUAUUAUAGUGAAAUAUUUAGUGUAGCGUUGUGAGGAAACGCACCUCAGCGUCUGACCCGAUAUACUGUGUUACAGCCAUUGAAAUGCUCACAUGACAGAGCAAUGACCAUAUAUACAACGUUUGACAACUUGGGCCAAGGUGUUCAAAGCCUGGUUAGCUAUAGUCUAACAACAGCUUAACCCUUUCACCACUGUAUAUCAUAAUGAAUUGAUCCUGAUUAAUGCACGGUAGAGUCUAAUAAUGUUGCAUAGGGGUGAAAGGGUUGAGGUUUACCUAUCGAGAUAUUUUCAGGACGAAAAUGAAAAUUUUGAUCCUCAUCUGCUUAGGUUGUGUAGGCAUUUCACAAUGCAAAACAAAAGAACAUGCAAGUUUAAAGGAUUUGAAGAAACAAUAUAUCACUUUGGAGUUAUUAACGCUAGCAAAGCUUUGAACAAACUGGCCCUGUUGUGUUACAUCCAGGACUUAACCAACACCCAUAAAGACAUGCUAACUUCCCGACAGUUAGACCAUUGAAUUGUUGUACAUGGUGCGGGGCGAGGAUCUUAGCAGGGAUGAUGAUAAUCAUUACCCAUGAUGUAACCUGUACAUUUGACAUUAGACUUUCUACCAGAUGUACAUUUUGUUUAUAAAAUUGUCCUUUUGUAUGCAAGGACAAUCGUGUUUCAUUCACAAAUGUAAUUUAGCAAAUAUUUUGCUUCUGAAUGAACUUGUGAUCCCGAAAUAAAUGCCCUGUUGGCGGGAAAACGUUCUACUAACUAGUAGCUGUACAGUACAACAGUGUUUGAUUUUUUAAGCAAAAUAUGAAAUAGAAUCAUCAAAAAUUAAAAAAA